GAGCUCAGUUCUUUCGCGCGAAAUUCACGUCCUCUUAAAAGACCACGUCGGGAAACAAGCUCGCAAACGGGAAGCAUAGCAACAAUUGUUUCUAUUGGGCCUUUUAAAAGACCUUGAAAUUCUGAAAUUUACUAUAUAUUUGUAUUUUCUGGCAAGAAUGCAACGAACAAUAAAAUUUUCUUCAAAUGAUGAAGCAGACUCUCCUGUGAAAUUGGUAAACAAAAAACGUUUUCUUGAAAGCGAUAGUGAGGAGGAGCAGGUUACAGAAUGUAAGGAAAAGAAUGAGAACUUACUGAACUUUGAUGAAAAAGAAGUACCUCAUACAAAGGAAGCUGCAUCACCUAAACCACAAACGAACACUCCUGAAGCAAUAAUAUCGCCAUGCAGCAGCCCAUCAAUGGAUAGCCCUUCGUGUUCAGAUUCUACUGAAAUCUCUCCGUCAAGCAUCCCCAAACGUAAAACAGCUCGUAAGCAGUUGCCGAAGCGCAAAAUGAAAACCUCAUCAGAUGAUACCAAUACCCAAGAGGAUUUAGAUAUUCAGGGACCAGUUCUUACGCAUCAGAGAAAAGAUACUGAUGACUCACAAGUUUUACCGUUAUCAGAUCAGCAAGAACUGAAAUUGGCUGUAAAGGAACAUUCAGAAUUGGAGAAUGCACAGUUAUGCAAAACAGAAGAUGAAUGUGUACUUACUUUGAACAAGCAGUUACCAUUAGUUAGAACACCAGAGAGCUCGGAUAAUGAACUUUUAAAGGAAUCUACACUUAAACUUAAUGGCUCACAGUCCCCAAAAACUGAGAGAGAAAAGGAACAGCAUUCACAUUUCAUACCUAUUGACGUUAACAUGAAGACACCAGUGAAUGAAAAUGAUAGUGAUGAGAAAGUUGAAGUUUUUAAAGCAAAGCCUGUAAUGACUGGGAAAAGUAUCAGUAGUUUCUUUGCACCAAGGAAAACUCAUGGAAAAAUAAAAGAAGAAAAUAUCCAUAAAAUGAAUAUCAGUGAUGAGUCUCCUGAAAAACCUCCAGAACCCAAGAAAGCAAAGAUUGAAAGCACCUUCUACCCAGAAGUAAAUAAAGAUCUAGCAGAUUAUGACCCAUGUAAAAGUAAUUAUCAUGUCCUCAAUGAUGCCUGUUGGACUCAUGGGCAAAGAGUACCAUACCUAGCUGUCGCACGUACCUUUGAACGAAUUGAAGAAGAGUCUGCACGGUUAAAGAACUUGGAAACUUUGAGUAAUUUUCUUCGUUCAGUGAUCUGCUUGUCACCAGAGGAUUUUCUUCCCUGUAUAUACCUAACCUUGAACCGCCUGGGACCUGCCUAUGAAGGACUCGAGCUGGGCAUUGGAGAAAGUAUUUUAAUGAAAGCUGUUGCCCAAGCAACUGGUCGGCAGCUAGAGAAGAUUAAAAUUGAGGCACAAGAGAAGGGAGACCUUGGUAUUGUUGCAGAGUGCAGUCGCAGUAAUCAACGUACAAUGUUUAAGCCACCAAAUCUCUCUGCUUAUGGUGUUUUCAGCAAGCUAAAAGAAAUAGCAAAGAUGACCGGUAAUGCGUCCAUGAAUAAGAAGAUUGAUAUAAUUAAAGGAUUGUUUGUAGCAUGCAGACACUCUGAGGCACGAUACAUUACACGAGCAUUAGGUGGUAAACUUCGUAUUGGUUUGGCAGAACAGUCUGUUUUAUCUGCUAUAGCUCAAGCAGUGUGCCUUACACCCCCUAAUCAAGCAUUCCCACCAUCUGUUUUAGAUGCUGGAAAGGGGAAGAGUUCUGAAGCCAGAAAAGCCUUGAUUGAUGAAAACGCCAUGAUCCUAAAGCAGACAUUUUGUGAAUUGCCAAACUAUGAUGUGAUUGUUCCUGUCCUACUAGAGCAUGGAAUUGAAAAUCUCCCUAAACACUGCCGACUCACUCCAGGUGUUCCAUUAAAGCCAAUGUUGGCACAUCCCACCAAAGGUAUUGAGGAAGUUCUUAAGCGCUUUGAUGAAGCAGCUUUCACCUGUGAAUAUAAAUAUGAUGGAGAGCGAGCUCAGAUUCAUAUGCUUGAGGGGGGUGAAGUGCACGUAUACAGCAGAAACCAGGAAAACAACACAUCUAAAUAUCCUGACAUAAUCAGUAGAGUCCCUAAGAUAAGGAAAGAAUCUGUGAAGUCCUUUAUCCUUGAUACAGAGGCUGUUGCCUGGGACCCAGUGAAGAAACAGAUUCAGCCUUUUCAAGUCCUCACAACAAGAAAACGAAAGGAUGUUGACACUUCAGAAAUUAAAGUACAAGUGUGUAUAUAUGCCUUUGACAUGCUUUACAUUAACGGAAAGUCUCUUGUCAAAGAACCAUUCGCUAAACGUCGAGAAUUAUUAAGAGAACAUUUUCUUGAGAUAGAAGGCGAAUUCAUGUUUGCGACAUACAUGGAUACAUCAAGUACAGAUGAAAUAUCAGAAUUUCUUGAUCAGUCUAUUAAAGAUUCAUGUGAAGGACUAAUGGUAAAGACAUUAGAACACGAUGCAACUUAUGAAAUUGCAAAACGAUCUCACAAUUGGUUAAAACUGAAGAAAGAUUACUUAGAAGGUGUUGGUGAUACUCUGGAUCUAGUUGUAAUUGGUGCAUACCUAGGAAAAGGAAAACGAACUGGCAUGUAUGGAGGCUUCCUGCUUGCAUCGUAUGAUGAAGAAAGUGAGGAAUAUCAGACAAUUUGCAAGAUUGGAACAGGUUUUACAGAUGAAGACUUAGAGACACAUUACAACUUCCUGAAGGAUCAUGUCAUUGAGUGUCCUCGUAGUUACUACCGCUGGGAUAGUUCCAUGCAACCAGAUCACUGGUUUGAUCCAGUACAAGUUUGGGAGGUCAAGUGUGCUGAUCUAUCCAUCUCGCCUGUACAUAAAGCAGCACUUGGACUAGUUGAUGAAGAAAAGGGAAUUUCUCUGCGUUUUCCUCGCUUUCUUCGCAUUCGUGAUGAUAAGAAGCCAGAAGAAGCAACAAAUGGUUUUCAGGUUGCAGAGUUGUACAAGAAGCAACAGCAAAUUCAGAAUACAUCAACAACUGGCAAAGCAGAGGAAGAUUUCUACUAGUUUUUUUAGAAAUGUAUUUAAUAUUGCAAUGUGCUCAGGUGAUUCUUCUCAAAAGUAGUUAUUUAGUUAGUGUGUUAUUCCUUUUGUAAUAAGGAUCACAAAUGUAUCCUCUGACAUCAAUCCAGGUUUGCUAUAUAUUAAUAUACCAAUAUUGAGUCAAUAAUGCUGGGGGCAUACCACAGUAGUAUUGAUGUAUGUUCUUCUUGACGUUCAGAUUAAAUCUAUGCGCUUCUAUCUUGAGGGAAACUGUGUUUUAAAUAGAUAUUUUCUUUAGAUGGUGUUUAUAAUUUUCAAUCAUGCAAUAUCUAAAAUUCAUAAUCCACAAAAAUGAAGUGAAAUUAAU